CAAGAGAGAAAAAGGGGGCGAAAGGGGGUGGGGAAGAGGCUAGGGUACGCAUCAAUUUGUACAGUCCUCACUUGGCACCCCUGGUUUUUUUUCCAGUUUUUUUCUUCUUCUUCUCUCGUCCUGCAACGAAAAGCAGGAGAUUUCUUCUGCAUUAUUGUUAUGGUCGGAGCCCGUUGCAAUAUGAGCCAGCAGAAGCUCGUGUUGACAGACGCCUGGGCUCUGAGGUGUGCGUGUCAGCGUGCAACAUAAAACGACAAAACAGAGGGAGAGAAAGGAAAGGGAGAGUGAGAGUGGGAGCACGCAUCGCUGGAUAUUAUAGGUUUUCUGUAGCUCUCAUGGUGUAACACUCCCUGGUCAGUAAGCAACUGGAAGCAGUUCACUCCUUACAAUGGCUUGUGUUGUAAAAUGGAAGUUAUAAAGACGAAAUAAUGAAAACAAGGACGCACAAAGAAUCGAUGCCCAUGCGCAGUGGGCGACGGCGGGGGGCAAGUGAGGAGAGAAGGGGCAGACGCCCGCACACUAGCCCCACUCGCUCUGAACGCAAUGACAGACAAACGCAAAGAGGUGCUGGUGAGGAAUUGGCUGGAAAUCGCUUCAGUCGCAGAUCACAAGGGCAUGAUUCAUCAGAGAGUGAGGGGGAGGAACUUGUGUCUCCUCCAAAGAGGCAGAAAGUUCAGGAUUCGGCUUCUACACCAAACCCCCCAACAUCAACACACUCGACUGACAGCUCAGCUCCUUCUACUGUUCCACCUCCAACCUCAGUCGCCAGCCAAUCUCGUGAGAGCGACAAUGAAGACGGCCAAUCCCAGGGCAGCCGGAGUUCAGUUGUUGGGAGCCUGGCCAAUAGCAGUAGCAGUCUGAGCAGCGGGCGGGAUAUAGACCAGGACAAUCGUUCCUCAUCUCCAAGUCUUUCCGCUUCACCUCUGGGGAGCCUGGACUCUGAUUCCGAUGGCCCCGACUCACCAAAGCAAGGAGACCGGGAGAAAAGUAAAGAGGGUGGAGCAGGGAAGAUGGCGGGAGAGGACAGGAGGGUGCUACGAGAGGGGCGAGGGGAGGAGCCCUGCGGUGAUGGGGAAAAGCGAGAUGUAGAUGCAAGAAUUGAGGACUGUUCAUCUCUCAAGCCCCCCUCCACUCCUUGCUCCUCAUCCGGUCUGACUCCCUCGCUCCGCGGAGCAGGAGAUUCAUCAAAUGACAGCAAUAGUGGGAGGAAGUCAUAUUUCUCCUUGGACUCCAAAUUGAUGUGUAAAGUCGAGUAUGGUGGACCGGCGUCUGUUGACGGCGCACUCAGCGGCAACAGAAUGACUCCCAAAGCCAGCACACAGUGCGUAACCAAGACAACUAUCUCCGGAGGGGAAUUUUCCCACAAUACUUCCAACCUUCAGCACUCUUUGCCCCCUCCGCUUCCUCCUCCACCUGCCCUGAAGCCCUUGGAGCUCGGGGGACAAAACCUGCCUGCCGAGGUUAAGACAGAAAGAGACAAAACAGAAAAAGGAGACAAACUCAUGGAAAAGACUCAGUCCACCCCUCCAUCACUACUGCCACAGACCAGCCCCCAGUCCCAGUCCCAGUCCCAGUCCCAGCCUCAGGCCCAGCCCUCUCCCCACCCUCACCACUACAGCUCCACCGGCUGGCAGGGUGGCACAGCAACUGGUUGCCCGGGGAGCUGGGGCUACACCCGUUACCCUGGCAACCAUCACUCACACCAACCACAGCACCAGCCCCCAGUGCAACAGCAGCAACUUCCCUCUGUUUACAACCCUCCGUCCUCUCGCCACUCCUCCUCCCACCUCUCUUACCUCCCCCAUCCUCACCCUCACCCCCACAGGGAGUACCUUCCCAGGUACGCUGGAGGGGGAGGGGACCGAGAGAGGGGGGCUGCAGGAGAGAGAGAGAGGGGAGCGAGGGGGGAGUGUGGGGGGAGGGAGAUCAGCCGGGAGUUUUCUACUCCAAUUGGCAACAGCAGUAACAAUGGUAGCGGGGCAAAUAGCAAUACUGCUUGCAGUGGGAUGGGUGGACCCAACAGCAUACAAGGCAGGGACUUUGGGGGUCUACCGGCUAGUCAGAACCGUGAGUUUCAAGGUUCAACAAGAGAUGGGCCUAAUUUAGGUCCAGAAAGAAGAGACUUUGGUCCAGCUUUCAGAGACAGGGAGCGUGAAAGGGAACGCGAAGGAGGAAGGGAAUUUAAUAUGCCAAACCAAAACCAGAGUAGAGACUUUGGCCCCACUGGAACUGGAGGGGGGCAUCCCAGAGACAAAGAUGGAAGCAGAUGGGGUGAGUUUGGGGGCCAGACAAGAGAGGUUGUAAGCAACAGUAACAGUAACAGCAACUCCAUUCCACAGGGAAACCCCCCAAGUUCAACCAGCGGGCUACCUGUCACCCCCAUGUUGAACCGUGACCCACCUGCAUCACCCCAAAACAAUCCCAGUCAUUCUUCCCAUUCUUCCCUGCCCCCACACCCCCACCCGCAUCCCCCAAACUCAUCGAACCGGGACUUCCCUCCUCCCAUGGACCAGGCACAAACGCCCUCCUCUGGAGCAGACCACUUUCACAGAGAGUAUCCUCCCACUGGAGGAAAAGACUUUCCCGCUGGGGCGCCUCCUUCCACUGGCACAAAUCGAGAGUACUUAAGCUCCCCUGGGGUAACUCCAAACAUGGGACGGGAGUAUUCAGGGCCCGGAGGAACCCAACACCCCCACCCACCUCACCCUCAUUACCAGUCAGGGCCCAGAGACAGAGAGAGGGACUCAAACCUGCGGGAGUCCGCUUUGUACCAAAACCGUGUCGGCCCAAAUCAGCCUCCUGCACUGUCGCCGUCCUCCUCCUCCAGCCAUCAUGGACACCCAUCAAAUACUUCUUACCCUCCUCCGCCACCUCAAUCUGGUCUACCACCACCGCAGUCCUCCCAUACGCAGCCUCCUACAUCGGUGAUGGCACCUGGAGUACGUCCCCCACACUACCAGUCUUCGGCGCAGACUCCACCAACGCCACUAUCGCCCCUGCCCAGCCCUUCCACCAAUCAGAUGGGAGCUUUCUCAUCUUUCCCUCCUGGCUCCUCCUCUGUACCCAACAUGCCCCUUCCCGCACCAGGCGUUUCCGCCAGCUGUUCACCUGGAUGCCGCCCUUCGCCUUUUCACAGCACUUUGAACAAUCACCCCCCUUUCAGUGGGACGUAUCACUCCAACGGGAACAGCAGUGGCAACAUGGCAAACAGCAGCAGCAACAGUAGCGCAUCCAGUAACAGCAAUACCAACUCGCAGUCACUUUCGCCUCAAAGCGUCUCGAAGGGACCUCCUCCUCUCAGUAACUCCACCAACAAUAACAGCAUCCCCACAUCUGCCUCGAGCUCUGCUCUUCCAAGUGGAGAUGGACAUUCAGAUUCGGGUCCGCCUCCCGCACCUGUCAUCAAGGAGGAGCCAGUAGAAGAGAGGGAGGAAAACGAGAGCCCACCGCCGGUGUUGAGAAGUCCCUCACCCGAACCAAAACCUGUCGACAUUCCAAUCCAUGCCAGCCAGUCAGCACGGUUUCAUAAGGUCCUUGACCGAGGCAGCGGAAACUCCUGCGCCCGCAGCGAUGUCCUCUUCGUCCCGUUAGACGGCUCCAAAUUGUGGAAAAAAAGGAAUGAGGUGAUUGAGAGGGCUCGUCGGGAGGUCGAACAGAGGGCCCGGGACCUGAGAGAAAAAGAACGGGAGCGAGAGAGGGAGCGCGAGCGCGAGAGGGAGCUGGAUCGACAUCUACAGCAGCAGAAGGACGUCAGCGCUGCCGGAGGAGGCCGCCAGGCCUCCUCUCUCUUCUUUCCCUCCUCCUCUUCCAUCAUCCUGGACCCUUCGUCUUCCUCCUCUUCCUCCUCGGGCAACCCUGUCCCCCAUCCUCCCCCUCACCCCCAGCCUCAUCAUUCACACCCCCAUGCUCAUCUUCCUCCGACACACCAUCUCCAUCCCUCCCUCUCUCACUCCAUUCCCCAUUCCCUCCUCAUACCGUCCAUGGGUGGGGCAUCAGCGGUGGUCGGAGGCCCUCAGGGGGCCCUGGGAAUUGGUUUAGGAGGUCCUUAUUUGGGCCCUGACACCCCAGCGCUGAGAACUCUGAGCGAAUACGCCCGUCCUCAUACCAUGUCUCCUCUCGGGGCGGCGAGUCGGGCACAGGCACACCAUCCACAGAUGCAUCACGGCCACCCUCACGUCCACCCGUCGUUCUUCCUCCCUCAGUUCCAGAAUCAUGCUUUAGGCCACCCCCAUCACCUGCCCACUGACGCAGCCACAGCAGCAGCCAUACUGGGCUUUUUGUAUGGGGGCAGCCUUGAAGGUGGGCCAGGUGUCGGUGGCCACCCUGGGAUGGCGGGAGGCCACGUGCACGGUGGGAUUGGGGGUGCGGGGUUGGGAGGAGUCGGCUUUCCGCACGCCAUGGCCGCACAUCGAGAUCGAAUUAAGCCGGGGUUUGAAUUCAAGAGUGAUGAGCGAGUGUACCCACCGGGGUCCAUACCCGAUCCUGCAGCACUCGCUCUCGCUCACUCUCAUUCCCACGCCCACGCGCACGCCAACGCCCAUGCGCACUCUCUGCUUCUUGGCGGCAGCGCAGCCGCGGCUAAUGAGGUGUCACUUUAUGGCACUCCUCCUCCAGCUCCACCUGGCCCCCCACACCUUCAGAACCCGACCCUGGCUCCGGUAACCCGACCUCCGAACCCCCCUGCCCCACAGUCCCUGUCCAAUCCGCCCCCUUCGUCCCUCCUCCCGUCCUCUCUGCCCUCUCACCCUUCGUCCGCCCCGCCAGCUGCCCCAUCAGCCCCCGCCGCUCCUCCGCCAGCUCCUUCUCAGCCUGCUCCCCCGACCUCCAAUGCCGCCUCACUCCAUCACCCGGUCCCCCAUUCCUCUUUCCCCAGCUCCCUGUCCUCUCAUCUGCCACCGGCCCCCGCCGCCGCCGCUCCCACCGAGACCUACCCGACUCCCACUCGCUCCCCUGCCUCUUACGAACGAGAACGGAGCGGAGAGAGAGAGCGGGAGAGGGAGCGGGACCGGGCAGCUCUGCCGGCCUUUGGGGAAAGAGAGCGGGAAAGAGAAAGAGAGAGAGAAAGGGGAGGGAGUGCCGGAGGUGGAUCAGGAGGAGGAAGUGGAGGUGGCGGAGCGAGUGGAGGAGGAGGAGGAGGCGGAGGAGAGAAUCUGGGGCGCCUUCAGAUGCUGAACGUGACGCCUCAUCAUCACCAGCAUUCACACAUCCACUCACAUCUCCACCUGCACCAGCAAGACACAGCGGCGGGCGGGGUUCACCCCCUGAUGGACCCGUUGACGUCGGGGUCUCCUUUGGCACGCCUCCCCUACCCAGGAGCCACACUCGGCACGCCCAUCCUGGCUCACCCCCUCACUGACAGCGAGGUGCUCCGCCAACAGCUGUUCGGUGAGGAGAAGGCUCCUCGUCCAUGCGCUCCUUUCCGUGACCUGCCCCAGCCUUCCUCCCUCACUGGUCCCAUGUCAGCAGCCCAUCAGCUCCAGGCCAUGCAGCAGGCCCAGAGCGCAGAGCUGCAGAUCCAGAGACUGGCCCUGGAACAGCAGUGGAUCCAUCACCACCACCACCACUCCCUCACCCAGGACGAGUAUUACAGUCACCUGAAGAAAGAGAGUGACAAGACCCUGUGAGGGAGGGGCACGACAAAGAGCGGCAUGGAGAAAAACCACGCGGAGAUAGUGUGCAAAUAAAAAAGAAAA